AUGGGUAUGAAACAAUCACGAAAAUUUCAUGCACAGAGAGAAACAAUGGAAAUUAUUAUUCAGGAGCAGAGUACACCUGCUUCGUCAAAUAGAAUGGGUUUGGUGAAUUUACGAGAUUUAGUCGAAUCAGUUGCACAUAAAUGGUAUAAAGAUAAUGAA